UUCAGUUUAACACAACCAAAUGACAGUUUCUAACAAACCUGAACAUUUUGCUGUCAAACGGUUUAUAGACUAAACAUUUACUACUUUACGUCUCUGGGGUUGAAAUUAUAGUAAUACAUUUUUACGGGAGCAAGUUUCUCACCGGAAGCGGCGACGAACAGAGCAAAAGAGAUGAUGGACGUGACUCACCUGACGGAAGAUGAAAUGGCUGAUAUAAAGAAAGAAGCCAUAGAGAGAUUGCGGCCAUACCUGGUUGAUAAGAUCAUUGCAGAGCGGCAUUUCGAUUACUUGCGCUCGAAGAAAAUCCUGACCCGGGAGGACACAGAGGAGAUCAGCUGCAGGACCACAAGAGGAAAACGGACCAGCAAGCUCCUGGACAUCCUCGCAGAAAACCCACGAGGUUUAGACAUGCUCAUUGAGUCGAUUAAAUGGGGCCGGACGCUCAAUUUCAUCAUCGCAAAGAUUACAGACGAGGUGCAGCGUGUGAAAAAUGAACGUCUGGAAGCUCUAAAAGCAGCUGGAUCUUCGGCCAGCUCCGUCUAUACCGGCACGAAAACAGCCACAAAUGACCUCUCCAAGACGGACAUGGACUAUGACAAAUACUCCACCAUGUGUUACCACCCUGAGGGGGAAGCAAGUCCGUCCUGUUCGGUUUCCACGGGAUCCUUAAAUCUGCGCUACGGAUCCGGCCGAGGGAAUGAAGCUUUGUCGGGCUGUGGAGGUACUGGGAGUAUGAAUGUAUCCUCUACAACAUCAUCAUGCCUGCCCAAACCUGGUGAUCCCGGAGCUCCGCCACUUCCAGAUGAGUCGGAUCCUGAAGUUCAAGAUAUAGACACCGGGGUCUGUGGGAGUACGGGAAGUAGCAGCGAUGUGAAUUUCCAGCCGUUACGCUCCCGUUCUCUGUCUCCACACGUGCCGUAACGUAACUUUACACCCUAGUCACCUACUGUACAUUCAAUUCAGUGUGAGAUUCUGAACAUUCGCCAAAACAACAGUUUGUUAAUGUCAUCAUUUAAAGCAUCACCAUUAUCAUGAUGUGCUGUGUAUUAUAUCAAACCUGAGUUGAAGGGCUCAUUCAGGAUUUUCAAAAUAACAUGUAUACCCUAUUAAAAAAAUUAUUCAAAAAUGAGUCCCACGCUUUCAGUGGGGCAGUAUCCUUUAAAAAGGGUCCUAUAUACCAUUUAGGUACAGAUAUGUAUACAUUUGGUACACACAUAUAUACCUUCUGAGGUACUAAUAUGAACUCUUUUGGUGCAAAUGUGUAUUUUUAUAAAGGGUUCCAGCUAGGGACCAUUUUU